AUGGAUGCCUUGUUCCUUAUUUUAGUGAUCCUCGGGACAAUCUAUUUCAUCAAAAAUCGGCGAUCCAGUUUGCGAAUUCGCGUCGCUAAUCUGGUGAUUAAACUGCUCACAUGUCUCCUCUACGUCAUUCGAGUUAUUACAGAACUUGAUCCAACCUUUGCCACCUGCUAUGGAUGUCAGCCGGGGAAUAAGUCUGUUUACCUCGUGGCCAAUAACUUGACUGGAGAAGAAUUUCAGGAACACCCGAUCAUAAACUGGGAUGCCAUUAUCUGGGUGAGCCGCUCCCUGCCCCUGUGGGUGAUACAGGUCUUCCUCGCCUUCAUCAGCCUCACGGAAGCUUUGCUGCUCGCUUACCUCGGCUACAAGGGUAAUGUCUGGCAGCAGUUACUGUCCUUCUAUUUCCUGCUCGAGCUGAUAAACACAAUCCCCUUCUUGUUGACGUUACUUUGGCCUCCGCUGAGAAAUCUAUUUAUUCCUGUCUUCUUGAACUGCUGGCUCGCAAAACAUUCUCUUCAAAAUAUGUUUAACGACCUACACCGAGCUAUGCAGAAAUCGCAGUCAGCUCUGUCACACCAACUAAUGAUUUUGUCGGCUACUUUGCUGUGUCUCGUCUUUACAAGUGUCUGUGGUAUCCAACACUUCCAGCGAGCUGGUCACAGACAUCUGAACCUUUUCCAAGCCACCUACUACGUCGUGGUAACUUUCUCAACUGUGGGGUACGGAGAUUUCGUUCCAGACAUCUGGCCGUCACAGAUGUACAUGGUCUUCAUGAUUUGCAUUGCUCUGAUAGUACUGCCAACACAGUUUGAGCAGUUGGCAUUCAUAUGGAUGGAACGUCAGAAACUGGGUGGAUCAUAUUCUUCACACAGGGCGCAGUCAGAGAAACAUGUGGUGGUGUGCAGUACUAACUUACAUGCUGACACAAUCAUGGACUUCCUAAAUGAAUUCUACGCCCAUCCCUUGCUACAGGACUACUACGUGGUCCUUCUAUCUCCUAUGGAGCUUGAUACAACCAUGAGGAUGAUCCUGCAAGUACCUCUUUGGGCACAAAGAGUUAUCUACAUCCAGGGUUCAUGCCUGAAAGACGGAGACCUUGGAAGAGCGCGUAUGAAUGAAUCGGAAGCGUGCUUUAUUCUUGCAGCAAGGAACUACGCUGACAAAGCUGCAGCUGAUGAACACACUAUUCUAAGAUCGUGGGCCGUGAAAGAUUUUGCACCAGAUGUACCUCAGUAUGUACAGAUCUUCCGACCGGAGAAUAAACUGCACGUAAAGUUUGCCGAACACGUAGUCUGUGAAGAUGAAUUUAAGUACGCCCUUCUUGCUAACAAUUGCACGUGUCCGGGAGCGUCCACCCUCGUCACCUUACUGCUGCAUACGUCGCGUGGACAGGAAGGUGAGACAUCCGUAGAAGACUGGCAUAGGUUGUAUGGGAAGUGCUCGGGAAAUGAGAUUUACCACAUCAUUCUUGGAGACAGUCGCUUCUUCGGUGAAUACGAGGGCAAGAGCUUCACCUACGCCAGUUUCCACUCGCACAGAAAAUAUGGCGUGGCACUGGUUGGCGUACGUCCAUCAGAGCUUCCAGAAUUUUAUGAGGAUACGAUCCUUCUUAAUCCAGGACCACGUCACAUUAUGAAGAAGAGUGACAUUUGUUACUAUCUGAGUAUUUCCAAAGAAGAGAAUUCGGCAUUUGUACCGGGCAACCAGCAAACCAAUGUUUGUCCUGAGAAAGGUACUGCAUGUGUGGAAGAGAAGGAUGGCGUCAAGGAGAAGACAGAUUUUAGUGAAACCCAACAAGAUAACAUAAAACAUGACAAUAUCAGCUUCAAAGUUGACGAUGCUAACACUCAGGGUCCAUGUACGUCUGGGGAACCUACUUCCUAUAGCGACUCUCAACAAUUCCUCAAAGAAAGUUCUCCCGCUUUGCUUCCUCCGGAUGUGGCAAUCGCAGGAAAGCUCUUGGAUGUGCCAAGGCCAGGGGAAAAUCCGAACCUCUUAAGUCCUGAGAUCCCCAGCCAAAGAAGAGGUAGCCGUCGUCCCAGCAUUCUGCCAGUUCCUGACAUGUUUACAAGUUCAACCCUGAACAUCGCUGCCGAGCAGCAGGACGGAGACGACAGUGAAGACGAAAUGGACGAUGACGUGCCGUGGCGAUCUCCCAGCGAGAAGAUUGCAUCUGACGUUACAGAGCGGCAAACUGAGGAAUGUGCUAACAGCACAUGGCGUGAUGAAUAUGUAUGCAUUGUGAAGGGCUUUCCCCCUGUGUCUCCGUACAUUGGUGUAAGCCCAACUCUCUGUUACCUGCUCAAAGAGAAGAAACCUCUCUGUUGUCUUCAGCUAGCUCAAGUGUGUGAACAUUGCAAUUACAGAAAUGCCAAAGAAUAUAACUGGCAAAACAAAACUAUCAUCUUAGCUGCUGAUUAUGCAUCAAAUGGUAUCUACAACUUCAUCGUCCCACUAAGGGCACAUUUCCGCGCCAAAACGACGUUGAACCCGAUCAUUCUUCUCCUUGAACGCCGUCCCGAUCCUGCCCUCUUGGAUGCCAUAUCCUACUUUCCGCUCGUGUACUGGAUGCUCGGUUCAAUCGACCGCCUCGAUGACUUACUACGAGCAGGGAUAACUCUGUCGGAGAAUGUGGUCGUGGUGAACAAGGAGAUGUCCAAUUCUGCGGAGGAAGACACCUUGUCUGAUUGUAACACCAUCGUUGCUGUACAGACUAUGUUCAAAUUCUUCCCCGGAAUUAAGACCAUCACAGAAUUAUCACAGUCAUCUAACAUGAGGUUUAUGCAGUUUCGGGCUCAUGACAAAUAUGCUCUUCAUCUUUCCAAAAUGGAAAAGCGUGAGAAAGAACGAGGUUCGCACAUCUCGUACAUGUUCCGAUUACAAUUUGCCGCUGGCAGCGUGUUCAGUGCAAGUAUGCUGGACACUCUGCUGUACCAGGCGUACGUUAAGGAUUAUGUCAUCACGUUUGUACGUCUUCUGCUCGGCAUCGACCAAGCCCCAGGAUCGGGUUUCCUGACAUCGAUGAAGAUCACAAAAGAUGACAUGUGGAUCAGAACAUAUGGGCGUCUGUAUCAAAAGCUGUGCUCCACAACUUGUGAGAUUCCAAUCGGAAUUUAUAGAACGCAGGACACGUCAUCGUCAGAUACUUCACAUUAUUCAGUCAACAUGGCGAACGAAGCUCGAGACAACCAUGCACAGAUGAUUGAGAGGGCCGAAAUUGCAAAUCUGGUUCGUUCACGCAUGGAGAGCCUUAAUCUUCCUAGCAGUGACUAUGAUGAAAUCAGUGAGAAGAGGAACAGUCUGUCUUAUGUAAUCAUCAACCCUAGUUGUGACCUCAAAUUGGAAGAAGGUGAUAUCAUCUAUCUGGUUCGCCCCAGUCCAUUCUCAGCCCAGAAGACUUUCGAGCGCCACAACAGCCGACGCAAGUCUAACAUCAGUUUCUGCUCACAGCAACUAGUGCAGCAAAUGGCUGCGAGUUCACAGGCAGGUAGCCGGAGGGCAUCAGGACUGGGUCUCUCUGGUUACAUGGCCCCUCGACCCCCUCCUCUUCUUACAACCAAAGCCAACUCUCUGUCGCUUCCAGACAGCCCUACCGUCGUCGGUGGUGGCCCUGGUUACAGAGGGCGAUCAAACUCCCUUCGCAUCAUGGAUGAUAAUAUCCUUUUGCGUCGUUCCAACUCCUUGAGACAAGGAUUCGCAUCGGUUGGAAGUGGAAGGAAGAAAAGUAGUUUAGAGGAUUUGGGAGUUGAUUUCGCAGGUGUUUCCAACCCGUCAAAACAGAGCAUUCCCAUCAAGAUUGCUCUGAAUGGCAGCAUCGGACUUGAGGUGACACCGCCAGAUGAUAGCAACUCACCCAGUGAGGCGAGCAGCAGCGGACAGUUGAACUGUGGAAUUCCAAUCCUUAGGACUGGGGUUGGUGUUGGCACAAGUGCAAGUGGUGGUGUCUCAGGAGAAGGUGCUGACUCAGGAGUUGAACCUUCUGAGGAUUCAGGUGCAUGUGGUGGAAGUUUGGAUGUGUCUGGUUUAGGGGGCAGUAAUGAAGAAAACUUCCCUAGUGCAGGACCAGUGUCAGCGACAACACAGCCGACAGUCACAGACCUACAGCAUCUUCAGGGCACUCUGGUAUGAUAUCAUAUCAUGUGGGGGAGGAGACUCAGUAGCAUGGUUCGCAACAAGUGGCUGUGAACCAAGCUCCUCAUUUCCUCAUCGAUUUCUCUUCCUGUGCCACAUCAGCUGCACCGAAUUGCACGCUGACCUUAUUGAAUUUUUUAAGGUCGUCAGAACAACUUGAUUAUCUCUUUGACGACACUUUUCCAGUUGCUACUUGGCAGGAAAAUACGUGUUUAUAAGAAAUUGGAAAAAUGGUUACAGGAAUCUGAGAUGGAAAUAAAUAAUAAAAUAUUUUAUUAUGUGGAAACAGUUCUUCAAAAUAACAGUAGAUAGCUGAUAAAAUUUUCGAAUUUUGAUAAUUAAUAUGAAUCGGUGCAGCUCAGUCAGCUGCGGAAUGGACGACGGGGGUUUUAUCCGUGACAGGGCAGAGGAUUUUUCAUCUAGCCCCUGCGUCCAGACCGGUUCUGGAGCCGACCCAGCCUCCUAUCAAAUGGUUACCGGGGUCCUUUCCUGGGGGUGAAGUGCGACUGGGGCAUGACGCUGACCAUUCACCCCCAUCUAGUGCCGAGGUCAAGAAUGAGUAGGAGCUGUACUUUCUCUCCCCCCAAGCGCGUGCAUGGGGUAUAAUGGGACAGCUUUACUUAUUUUUACUAAUUAAUAGGCCUUCUGAUAGAAUGAUUCAAAAUAAUAUAAUUAUUGAAUAAAUGGGUGAAAAUUAUAUUGUGAUAGGAUCAGAAAUACUCAUGAAAUGAGUGGGACAAAGAAGAAUAUAUAUAGGUCCUCUGUACAUUGGAUUGUAACAUACUGAAUUAUAUAUUUAUAAAGAUUCAUUUGAUUCGCUGAACUUUUGCUUACCCCCCUCUGCAACAUUGAACUUUCUAUGUUUUGAGGAUAAUAUUAGGAUUUUUUGGAAGGAGGUUCAUUAAACCCAUCCCAUUCACUUUAGUGCCGGUGUGUGCGUGCGUGUGGGUAUAUAUGUUGUGUUCAUAACCUAUUCUGUGUGAUCUAAGUUUUUAUUGGUCUCGUAUUACGAGUGAAUGGGAAUUCGGUUAAGAAUGGAACAAUGAGGUUAAAGUAAGAAUGCAACUUGAUGAAAGGGAUCAGAAUUUUUUGCACAGUUCUCACAAAAACAAAGUAAGUUGGAUAUUUUUCAGUGCUACACAUUUUCUAUUAUAACCUCUAAUUCUUUAUGUUCUUAAUUUGCGUUCUUUCACUUUCUCCAUGACUGUUUGUAAGUAGCAGGUAUACUUUUAGACUAACAUUGCAACUGUACUUCUAUUUAUUAUUCCUAAACACUUUUGGAGCAGUUUAUGUUUCCAUAUUUUGUUCAGACAAUCAGGAUUUCUUCACCAUGUCUGUUUAUAUUCCAGUGGCCAUUUUGUUAUUCCAGUGGCCAUUUUGAUAUUCUGUUUGUUUACAUUCUGUUAGCACAAAAGAACUUUGCACUUUCAAAAUGAGACAGAAAACAAAUGUGGCAUAUUUAAAACUUAUAAUUAUUACCAAAUAACACUGACUUUCUUUCCCUUGUGUGCAUACGUGUACAAGCCUGUCCUAUAAAUAGUACACUGUGCGUUAAUGGUGUCGAAAUAAUAAUCUUAUAUAUAAAUAUGUGACGUCUCUGUUGAACUGUUUCCACAGCAUUAAUUGAAUUUGAAACAGUGACUAUUUGACACACAUUGCCUCAGUGGUAUAUUCAGAAAGAUUAAACUUUCCUUGGAUAAAUUGCUUGAAGCAGCUGUUGCCAUAAUGUCUUUGUCGUCUCAUCAACAGAAAUAUUUUUGUGCAGCUCACGGUGGCUUGAAAUUGUAAAUUACAAGUCCUUUUCUCUGUA